UAUUAAAAAAAAUUGGUACAUCGUUUAUAUACAAUUUUAGAACUAUUUAUAUUUGUUUAUGUAUUUAACAUGGGUUUUACAGGUUUCCGAGGGACUCCCAAGUUCCUUAACCUCAUUUUGGUUUAAAAGUUACUCUCAGGUACUACUGGAGUAUGUACAAGGUUUAACUGACACACUCUCAUAAUAUACCAAAAAUGUACUGAAUAUAUAUGAUUUUUCAAUGGGAUAUCCCAGGAAUGUCUGUCUAUUGAGUCAGGACACUUGAUAGUCCGAAUUAAUUGCAGCAAAGAAGUUGUUACAAUAAGUGCUAAUUUGAGGGCGUGACGUCAUCAUCAAUUUUUGAAAAAAUAAAUAUUUCUUAAAGGCGUGUAAACGAUACGACUUGGCAAUACCGCGUCAUAACCUCUCACAACCGCUGUGGAGAUUAUGUGAAUGCGGCCUUAGAAGUCGGUCGAUUAAUGUUGACAUUGACAGCUGUCAACGUCAAUUUGUGCAAUCAGCUGUUCCCCAUUUUAACAAAUAAACAAUUCUAAAUAUUCCGAUACCUUAACUCCUUUACUAGAAUAUUCAUUAAAAAAGUGGAAAAACUCGUAUUUGCCUGCAAAAUGCACGAGGCUUACCAAGUGCAUUCGGUGCAUAAGCUAAAUUACCAAGUGGAAUCGAUUGCUGCCUAUGGGGAUAUUUUGUUGGUUGGCACAAGGCAAGGGUACCUAUUCAUGUUUAGUUUGGAGAAAAAAGAGCCCGUGUGCGAAUUUACCCUUAUGAGGUGCAACAAGACGUUUAGCAAGAAACCCGUUCAGCAAUUAGAGAUUAUUCCUAGGGAAGAUUUGCUUUUGAGCCUUACUGACAACAUAGUACAGCUUCACGAUAUAAAUGCGAUAAGUUUUAACACCCUCGACACAAUUCAGAAGAGUAAAGGAGCAACAUUUUUCACUGUUCACUCUCAGAAAAUCACUUCUACUACUGGAGAAAUCACUUACCUUACUCGCCUCGCCAUAGUGGUCCGGAGGAAGAUUCAACUGUAUUUCUUAAAAAACAAGAAGCUUGAGCCUCUAUGUGACGACAUCUCCCUCACUGACAUCCCUAAAUCCAUGGUUCUAUCUCCGACAGUUAUUUGUGUCGGGUAUAGGGACGAAUAUGCUUUGAUAAACUUAAGUGAUGGGAAACAAACCGAUCUAUUCCCCACCAGUAGUGCGAGAUCCGCUGAUCCGUGCAUUUUAUGCAUCUCAGAGAAUCAGUUUGCUUUAUGCAGAGAAAACCAGACUAUCGUGGUCAAUUCAAAGGGAGAAACCGAGAAGAAUAAGGUGCUAAAGUGGUCAGAGACCCCUGUGGGUCUUGCUUACGAUGCUCCAUAUACCCUAGGGAUUUUAACUGAUUGUAUAGAGGUAUCUUCUUUGGAACCGAGUAUGUCGGUGCAAACGCUCGCAGAUAUGCCGAGGGUGCGACAUUUAGUUAAAGCCGGGCCGGGGUUACUUUUUGCCGCAUCGAUUUCCCAAAUUUGGUGUCUGAAGGGGGUGGACGUGGCCAAACAGCGGGAGAUUUUGGUGAAUUGCAAGGAGUUUCAGUUGGCCCUCGAGUUAAUUCGUAUCUCGGACGAAUCUGAAAAGGAAAAAAACGCGAAAAUCCACGAAAUCCAAACGGUCCUGGCCUACGAUUUAUUCGCCAAAAAACAGUUCGCCGAGAGCAUGAAGGAGUUUUUAAAGCUCAAAACCGACCCGUACGACGUCAUACGAUUAUACCCUGACAUGCUACCACAGGCCCAACAAGACGAUUUCGUCAUAACCAACAAGGAUUUAACCGAUAAGGAGCGUCAGGAGAGCAUCGCUGCCUUAAGCGACUACUUGACCGCUAUGAGAAAUCAUGCUAGAGACGACAAAGCCACCCCAUUGAAAAGCACAACAACAAGUUCAAACAACAAAAACAGCAAAUCCUCUUAUCAGUUGUUGCAAAUCAUCGACACCACUUUGGUGAAGUGCUACUUGGAGACUAAGGAUGCCAUGGUACCGUUUAUAUUGCGACAAGGGUUCUGUCAUCUGGGGGAAACCGAAAAGGUCCUAAAGAGGAUGAACAAGUACAACGACCUGAUUAUUCUCUAUCAAAUUAAGGAACAGCACAGGAAGGCGUUGGAGUUGUUACAAACGGAGAAGAGUCUGGAGGAGGAUAGUGUGGAGAAAACGAUUAAAUAUUUACAGAAAUUGGGUUCGGAGCAUAUGGGGCUGAUUUUGGAGUUUUCCGAGUGGGUGUUGAAAAAGGAACCGGAGAAGGGACUGUCGAUAUUUACAUCGGAAGAAGGCGAAUCCUUAUCGCGACCAAGGGUCCUGGACACCUUACUGAAAGACCACACCGACCUAGCGAUUCCUUAUUUAGAGCACGUCAUCCAUAGCUGGAAAGACGAAAAUCCACUCUUCCAUAACGCGCUUAUCCACCAAUACAGGGAGAAGAUUCUUAAGGACGGUCCGGAACAUUCCGAGCAUACUCGCAAGAAAUUGUUGUCGUUUCUAAAGAAGAGUAGCAACUAUACGGCUGAAAACGUCCUAAAGGAUUUUCCUACUAAUGCCCUCCUGGAAGAAAGGGCCAUUAUACUGGGAAGAUUGGGAAAACACGACCAAGCAGUUGCUUUAUACGUGAGGGCCUUGGGGGACGUUAAAAAGGCGGAGGAGUAUUGUGCGAAGAUUUACGAGGAAGGAAAACCCGGAAGUCAGAGCGUUUACGUGUUUCUGAUAAACCUGAUCCUGAAACCGGACAGUUGUCCCUUGUCCAUUCAGGGGGUGGCACUGUCGCCGAAAACCGCCCAACCCGACUUGGAACUCGCCUUACGACUUCUUGAGGAAAAUGCCCCCAGAAUGAAUCCCGUGGAGGUGUUGGCCACUUUGCCGGACGAUAUUCCCGUAUCGAGGAUACAUCGGUUCUUGUCUGUUGCGUUGCAUAAAGUUCUUCAAGAAAGGAGAAAGCAAGAACUGCUGAAAGGACUCCUAUACGCCGAACACUUGCAAUGCCAAGAAUUAAAGUUAAAUCUACAGAGCCAACACGUGCUAAUCACCGAAUUAAACGUGUGUCCCGUUUGUAAGAAGAGAUUCGCCAAUCAAGCGGCUCUUAUAAGAUACCCGAACGGCGACGUCGUUCACUACGCAUGUCACAAGGACAAAUGAACCUUUUAUUGCGUUUCUCCGAUAUAGCUGUGAUAUAUUUUAUUUAACCAAAGCAUAUAUUUCUGCAUGAUAUCAUUUAAAAAGCUUUAGGGGUGAAAUUAGGUGCGAAAAUAUGAAAAACGUGCAUAUAUUAAGAUUCUGGAAUACACCUUCACUUUUAAGGUGAAUAUUCUUGUCAAAGUUGACAAAAGAUUUUCAUUUUUGAAACGCAGUCUUUAUAUCUUAUAUGUAUUGCUUAUUUUGUAAUAAAAAAUUAUGGAAGCA